GCUUGACCAGCUCGAUUUUAUUCGACACUGGACUUAACAAAGGGAUAUUGGCAGAUCCCCUUGUCACCAUUAUCCAAAGAAAAGACAGCUUUCACAACGCCGUUCGGAUUACACCAAUUCGUUACACUUCCGUUUGGGGCACCGGCCACCUUUCAGCGUCUCAUGGAUAAAAUUUUGCAGCCCCAUGGUGCAUAUGCUGCUGCCUAUCUGGAUGAUAUUAUUAUCUUCAGUAAUGACUGGCAGCGGCAUAUGCAGCAUUUGAGGGCCGUCCUGAGAUCGCUGAGGGGGACCGGGCUCACGGCCAACCUGAAGAAGUGUGCGAUUGGGCGCGUGGAAGUAAGGUAUCUGGGCUUCCACUUGGGACAUGGACAGGUGCGUCCCCAAAUUGAUAAGACAGCAGUGAUUGCAACCUGUCCGCGUCCCAAGACCAAAAAUGAUCGCGUAAACGAUUGGCUGAUGUUUUUAAGGCCCUACCUCGUGCACAGAUGAUGUAUAUUAAUAUUAUUCCUUUCAGUGCACCUAAUAAAUAGUCUUUUAUCAGUUAGCAAAGACAGUUUCAAGUAAUAUUGCAAAAAUGUAUAAAACAAAACAUCCUCUUUAGCACCUUUAAUCACAAUAAAUUGUGCAGUCCUACUCCACACGGCUCUGGGGGGUUAAUAAAGGCCUUCUGAAGCGAAGCGAUGCAUUUGUGUAAGAAAAAUAUCCAUAUUUAACAAGUUAUAAGACCAUUUUCCAUAAGUUGAAUGGGAAAGGCGUAGGACGUAGCGUAAGUGUUUUGAACUGCGAGAGGCGUUACACUUUCUUCAUAAGUUGAAUACAGAAGUAAAAUUACAAACUGAGCCUCAAAAAAGUACAACCAUAUCUACAUCUUCUACAUCAUUCCUGAAGAACUACAACCUGCUGGUGGGUGAGCACUUUAUGGAUUAGGCUAGAUUUGACCAACCUUACCCUACUUGAAUAAUACUAGGGUUAAAGGUGUACAAUAUAAGGUCGCACUGAAUCGCAAUUCACAAAUGUUUAAUGAGAAAUUCCAAUUUUGUUAAAUACACAACUUUGGAUGGAAACAUAGCUAUAGACAAACGUAUUGCUUCUGUAGACAUACUGAAAGCAGCUUUUAAAGAAAUCGAAAUAAUCAAACACACACACACACACACACAGACUCACACGAACAUAGUCACACAAAAACACACUCACUCUCACACACACACACACAAUGUCAAAGGAGUCAAUCACUCUCUCACACACACACACACAAUGUCAAAGGAGUCAAUCACUCUCUCACACACACACACACACAAUGUCAAAGGAGUCAAUCACUCUCUCACACACACACACAUUUUAAAAGCUCCAAAGUUAAAAAUAUUCUCCUCAUUUGUCAGUCAUAUCACCUGCAUCCAAUCAGCUGCAUCCUCAGGGGCUCAUUUGGCCCCACCCUCACCCACACCCUCCCCCAGUACAGGUGAGUUUGCGCGCACAGGCAGGCAGCAGUGAAGCGAGUGCACGCCUGAUUAGGACAUGAGCUUCGACCCGAGCGGACCAGAUUGAGUGGAUCAUAUGCAGCGGGGCGUGAGCAGACGUAGAUCCGAUUCUUCAGACUGAACGUUCACAGCUCCAUGCCUUCAUGAACGACCUCUGACAGUCGAAGGCCCCUCCCCUUCACUCCCAACUAUCAGAUCCCAGCCAAUCACCCGCUCUGCUGUCUCCGAUGGCCCAUUCGCAGUCUGCCACGAUGGUUUGCUACUACAACGAGACUAUAGCUUUCUUCUACUCCAUCAACAAUAAGGAAAUCAGCGUCCAGUGGGGGCCGAUGGAAGCUUCUGUGAUUUCCCUGGGACUGCUCGUUUGUGUUUUUGCGAUCUUCGCCAACAUGCUGGUCAUGAUGGCCAUCUUCACGAACCGCAGGUUUCAUUACCCCAUAUACUACCUGCUGGGAAACCUGGCAGCCGCGGAUCUGUUCGCCGGCAUCUCCUACUUUUACCUGAUAUUCCGCACUGGUCCCUGGACCAGAGGGCUCACCAUAUAUCAGUGGUUUGUCCGACAGGGUUUGAUCGACACCAGUCUGACAGCGUCUGUGAUUAAUCUGAUGGCCAUUGCUCUGGAGCGACACCAGACCAUCUUCACCAUGCAGCUGCACAGUAAAAUGACCAACCACAGGGUCGUGCUGCUCAUCAUCGGCAUCUGGCUUAUCGCCAUAGUGAUGGGUUUGGUACCCACUAUGGGAUGGAACUGUGUGUGCAACAUUCAGAAGUGCUCCACCAUGGCGCCGCUCUACAGCCGCAGUUACCUCUUGUUCUGGGCCAUGUUGAACCUGCUGACCUUCACGGCCAUGGCGGCCAUCUACACGCACAUCUUCAUCUAUGUUCUGCGCAAGAACCAACAGAUGAGCCAGCACAGCUCUCAGGUCCAACACAAGGAGACGGUGAUCAACCUCAUAAAGACCAUUGUCAUGAUAUUGGGUUGUUUCGUGGUGUGUUGGACGCCGGGUCUGGUUCUGCUUCUGCUGGACAGCUUCUGUGAAUCCUGUGACGUCCUGACAUACGACCAGUUUUUCCUGCUGCUGGCCGAGUGCAACUCCUUCAUAAAUCCCAUCAUCUACUCCUACCGCGACAAGGACAUGCGCGACACCUUCAAACGCAUCCUCUGCUACCCGUGCCGGACGUCCCAGCAGACGGGUGAGCACUCGGGCAUCCGCUUCAACACCCUCAAGCAAGAGGUACUUCUACCAAGAGGCUCGCAGGGCUCGUGAUGGAGGCGAUGAACAGGCUAACGGAGGACAGGUGGUGCUGAAGGACGGAGAGAAGAUGCUGGACUCCUCUGAGAGCUGAGGAACGAGAAGGAUCUGUCUGUCUGUCUGUUGAUGAAAUAUUUUAUUUAUUCUAUAAGAAAACAAUUAUAGAAAUAUUUUGAAUACUAUAAAAGCCAGAUGUGUUUUAAAGGCCUCAUGGCCUACAUGAAAUUAUUAUUACAUAGGUCAGAUGUGUCUGAGAAAGUCUUGUGGCCCAAUGAGCAGUUUUUUGCUAGGUCAGGGGUUUUCCAGUAAACAACAGAUGGCUUUGAAAGACCAAGUCCAUUAUUAAGGGGUGUGAAAUACAUAUGUCACUUGGAGGAUUCUUGUCUCUGGGAAAGACAGUCAAGUCACCUUUAAUCAUAUAGCGUUUUUUUUACCAUGCAAAUUGUUUCAAAGCAGCUUUACAGAAAUAGCAGGAUCAUAUUUAGAACUCUAGAAAAAAAUAAAAAUAAAGUCCUACACCUUCCCUAUUCAACUUAAAAAUGGAACGCGGCGCCAGUUCCAUUUUUUUCCAUAAGUUGAAUAGGGAAGGCGUAAGACAUACAGUGUAAGCUUUUUG